CCCGCUGGAGGCCGCCCUGGCUGAAUGCACGGAAGCCUUGAACUGUUUCCUGCGUAACCAGUUCAGUGAGAGCCUGGAGAUGCUGCAACCCAGGACGAGAGAAAGCAUGUACCACGCCCUGAUCUACGCCACCAUCCUGGAGAUGCAAGCCAUGAUGACUUUUGAGCAGGAGGACAUCGCGCACGCAAGCCACACCAUGAAAGAGGCCCAGGAGAUGUGCCAGAGGUUCCGCAGGAAAAGCGUUGUGUCUGGUGCCUUUUCCAGUCGGACGGGUGGAGAUUCCUGCACUGAGGAGGAGCUGCAUGCGGAAGUCUGCUAUGCUGAAUGCUUGUUGCACCGAGCGGCCCUCACCUUCCUGCAGGAUGAAAAUAUGGUGAAUUUCAUAAAAGGAGGGAUCAAAGUGCGUAGCAGCUACCUCAUCUACAGGGAACUCAACAGUUGGAUCCAACCCAGUCAGUUACCAGCAAGCUCCGUCCGUGCCCAUUUAGAGGGGGGCGUUGCGCUGGGUAUUGGUGCCUUCAACUUGACUCUCUCCCUUUUCCCACCCCGGAUUUUGAAACUUCUAGAAUUUGCAGGGUUUUCUGGGGACAAGGAUUAUGGUCUGCAGCAGCUGCAUCAGGGGGCCACCACCCCCAACCUGCGGGCCCUGCUCUGCACCAUGUUGCUCCUCUGCUACUACACCUUCUUGACCUUCAUCUUAGGGGUUGGUGAAGACGACUUCACAGAGGCCGAGGCCUUGCUGAGUCCGUACCUUUCCCGCUAUCCCAGGAGUGCCAUUUUCCUGUUCUUCGCCGGGAGGAUAGAGGAGAUCAAAGGGAACAUCAAUGAGGCCAUCAAGAAGUUUGAGGAGGGCUGUUCAGCCCAGCAGGCCUGGAAGCAGUUCCACCACAUGUGCUACUGGGAGCUGAUGUGGUGCUUCGCCUACAAGGGCAUGUGGAAGAUGGCCUACUUCUACGCAGACCUGCUGAGCAAGGAGAAUCGGUGGUCGAAGGCGAUGUAUGUGUACAUGAAGGCCGCCUUCCUCAGCAUGCUGCCCCGGGGGGAGCCACGACCUUUCGGUGAGGAUGAAGUGGCGCUCUUCAGGCAGGUUUCCUCCUUCAAGCAGAAGAUCGCCGGGAAGUCUCCCCCCACGGAGAAGUUUGCUAUCCGCAAAGCCAGGCGCUACAAAGCCAGCGAGCAUGUCCCCUUGCCGGUGCCAGCUCUGGAGAUGAUGUACAUGUGGAAUGGGUUCACAGUCCUGCGCAAGCAGCAGGAACUGCUGGAGGGCACGCUGAACACUCUGACGCAGGCGGAGAAGCAGUUGCAAGAAGCCCCAGCCAGUGAGCACGAGGUGGAUGACAGGUGCCUUUUGCUGCUUCUCAAGGGCCUAGUCCUCAAGCACCUGCACAAUCCGACUGAGGCCGAGGCCUGCUUCAGUGCUGUCCAUGCCAGCGAGAAGAGGAUCCGCUACGACCACUACUUAGUCCCCAAUGCUCUGUUGGAGCUCAGCCUCUUGUAUGUGGGGCAAGGCCGGAACGAAGAAGCUGUGCGGCAGCUGCACAAGGCCAAAAGCAACUACAAGAACUACUCCAUGGAGUCACGAACGCUCUUCCGGAUCCACGCCGCGUUGUCCAAACUCAAAGCCCCCCAGGAAGAGAACAGUUCGAACGGAGCCACCCCUACCUAGGGCAUGAGGCCUCCCCUGCCUUCUACUGCGAAGGAAGAGGUGUC